AAAGGCGCCGUGAACUCUUGGCCGCCAACGCACACUCUAUCCAUGUUUAGCCGGCCAUUUCCGUCAUCGUCACCGCUGGCGAGUGUCCCGAUUGCGACGUGAGCGCGUGGCAUCACCGCAGCUCAGCUUCAGCUACACAACCAGGCACGAUGGGCUCGGAGGAGGUCGUCCACAGCGGCGGGUGCCACUGCCGGCGCGUGCGGUGGCAGGUGGAGGCGCCGGCGAGCGUGGUGGCCUGGAUCUGCAACUGCUCCGACUGCUCCAUGCGGGGGAACAGCCACUUCGUCGUGCCCGCGGCCAAGUUCGCGCUCCAGCCCGGCGCCGACGAGUUCCUCACCACAUACACCUUCGGCACCCACACGGCCAAGCACAAGUUCUGCAGGGCCUGCGGGAUCACCUCCUUCUACAUCCCGAGGUCCAACCCCGACGGCGUCGCCGUCACGGCCGCCUGCGUCGACCCGGGCACCCUGGCGCACGUCGAGUACAGGAAGGCCGACGGGAGGAACUGGGAGGAAUGGUUCCAGCGGAGCGACAUCUCCGAGUUCUCCAAGCCGGCGCCCGCCGCCGAGUAGAAGGUUGUCAGUUCAGGAUUUCAGGUCAGUGGUUGGUGGUUGCUCAGUUAAAUUCUUCUCCUUGUUAGUGAUGACUGAAAACUACGGAGUAUAUAUGUGAGAAUAAAUGAACAAUCCAUGCUUGGUUGUGCAUUGUGCCUUUGUUUGAUAUUUAUGUGUGUUGCGCUUAAUGGUUGGCUGAACUCUGCUCCUUAUGUUGAAUUCAAUAGCCAUGAUAUGAGAUUUAGUCUGAAAGAUGAA